UUCAGCGGUCACCCUGCGAUUCGACGAUUGCGUUUACGUUGGCGAUGAUCCAGAUACAUAGAGAAGAGCAGUUCAUAGUCUAGCGCUAGACUGUGGCUAUUGACUCUGUCUCUUCGCAAGUCGUGGGCUCCGGGUAUUAUCGCGUUAAGAUUUGCGAAGUGAGUCAGUUGGCGGUAACGAGCUCCCGCGAUAAUCCGACUACCAGCAUCAUCUCUGUAUCUGCAGUGUGUAAUUCGGUCUCUGUCAUAUCACGAGCGGACUGUUAACCGCAGCUGCUUGAUUCAAACAGGGAUAAAUAGCGGAAUCAACUCAAGCGAUGGGUCGCACAAAGAAGAAGGUCUGCAUCGUCGGGAGCGGAAAUUGGGGAUCAGCUAUCGCCAAAAUUGUCGGAGCGAAUACAGUCAAGUUCAACACCAAGUUUGAGGAGCGGGUCACGAUGUACGUUUACGAGGAAAUGAUAAACGGAAAGAAACUUACCGAGAUCAUCAACGAGCAGCACGAAAACGUGAAGUACCUUCCGGGCCACAAACUUCCGGAGAACGUGGUCGCCGUUCCCGAUCUCAUCGAGGCAGCGAAGGACGCCGACUUUCUGAUCUUCGUUAUCCCUCAUCAAUUUAUCCGAACCCUAUGCGCAACUCUGCUUGGAAAAAUAAAGCCAACAGCCGUCGGUCUGUCGCUGAUAAAAGGCUUCGAUCAAGGCGAUGGAAAAUCGAUCGAGCUGAUAUCUAAGAUAAUCGAAAACCUGCUGAAAAUACAAUGCUACGUUCUAAUGGGAGCAAAUCUCGCCAACGAAGUUGCCGAGGGGAAAUUUUGCGAGACGACGAUAGGCUGCAAGGAUAAGAGAACUGCGCCUCUUUUGCGAGACAUGAUUCAAACCGAAAACUUCAGAGUCGUUGUAGUCGAAGAUGCUGAAGCCGUCGAAGUCUGCGGCGCGCUCAAGAAUAUUGUUGCCUGCGGAGCGGGUUUCGUCGAUGGUUUGGGCCUCGGUGAUAACACAAAAGCGGCAAUAAUCAGACUGGGACUGAUGGAGAUGGUGAAGUUCGUCGACACUUUUUACGGUGGUUCGAAACUCUCGACUUUCUUCGAAAGCUGCGGAGUGGCCGAUCUGAUAACGACUUGCUACGGAGGCCGAAAUCGACGCGUUUGCGAGCAGUUCGUGAAAACCGGAAAGACCAUCAAGCAACUCGAAGACGAGCUUCUUGCGGGUCAGAAACUCCAGGGACCAGCGACUGCUGACGAGGUUCACACGAUGCUUGUAAAUCGCGGUGCCACCGACAAGUUUCCGCUCUUCACAGCCGUUCAUCGCAUCUGCAUCGCUGAGCUGAAACCUGCCGAAUUUAUCGACCAAAUUCGAAGCCAUCCUGAGCACGUAAUGAGACUGGACGGCGUUAUUGAAGACGACGACGAGGAAGCUGCCUAGGAGAUGUUGCAAUCCGUCGAAUACGACGGCUAGGAUAUAGCUGAUUUAAAAUUAGACACCUAGACGAUCAUCUCUCGGUCUGGGAGGGAGGAGCGACGAGACAUCGGCGUUGACGAUUAGAGAGAAACGGAGAAGGAGAUGAAGAGAGAAAGAGAAAUUGUGUUAUGCUGUAAAUAUUUGAAAUCCAAUUUGUAUAUAUAUGAUCUAUUAGUUGAGCUCGUUAUAUGUAUAUAAAUGUAUAGACACGUGGUUUA